AUGAACCAUGCCAAAUGUGAGGCCAGCCCACUACUGCAGCUUCUCCUCAAGCCCCAACAUUCUGGCACGGUAUAUUCUUCGCGUGGUGAGAAGCGACCCACUCGCGGCAACAAGUCUGGCGACAUAGUGAAUGAUAUUGGGCACAACUACCACAAGGCGACACAGCCGCUUCGAGAGGCAGCAGCGCGCCCAUCAGCCGUCGAAGUACCCCGCCAACCCCCAGCCUCCAAUGCAAAGAGCAUUGAUGAGCUCAAGGACCGCUACGGCGAGCUGAGUGCAGCCCUACAAGCUGACGUGUCCGCCGCUGUUGACGACAGCCAUGCUGCCCUCGCCGAGCGCGUGUCCGUCCUCUCCGCAAAGCAAGGAGACUUCCUCGAUCGUUAUGAGGCCCUGACGGUCGACUUUGGCCAGCCCCUGUCCGAGAGCUACGUCUACGACCAAGAACAAGAAGGCGACGCUCCCGGCGAGAAGAUCUUUGUCGGAGAUGUCGUGGCCGAACUGCAGGAACACCUCGUCGAGACAGAGAAGCGUCUCGCUGAAGAGUGGGAGCGGUGGGACGAGUGCAAGGCCGCCGAGGAGAGGGCAGCUGCUUCGUUGAUCCAGGAUCUGAAAGCCAGGCCAGACCUUCAUGGGAGACUGGACUGCGAGGUGAAGAAGUGGGAGAAGGAGAUGCAGAGACUUGCCAAGAGAGCUGCUGACAAAAUGACCCAGCUUGAAAAGUCACUGGAGAGGGAGCGUAACGAUGCGAUUCGGCGGAGCGCUGCAAGUUUCGAGCUUGAGCUCAGACAGUUUCGCUGA